CAGCCGCGGUGCCGGCGCUGAGUGCGGGACAACCGCGCACGGCGGGCUCAGCCGGCGGUGCGGAGCGCCCCGCGGCCGCGGGAUGGCGGCGCUGCCCCGCUGCCGUGCGCUGCGGGGGGACGCUGCGCCCCCGGCCUCGAGUGCGUGAAGAGCCGGCAGCGCCGCAAGGCGAAGGGCGGCCCGGUUCCCGCCGCCGCCGCCGCCGGCCCGCCCGGCGUGUGCCUCUGCAAGAGCCGCUACCCGGUGUGCGGCAGCGACGGGCUGACGUACGGCAGCGGCUGCCAGCUCCGCGCCGCCAGCCUGCGCGCACAGAGCCGCGGCGAGCCCGCCGUCAGCCAGCGCAGCAAGGGAGCCUGCGAGCAAGGACCCUCCAUUGUGACUCCUCCUAAGGACAUCUGGAAUGUGACAGGAGCACAAAUCUACCUGAGCUGUGAAGUCAUUGGCAUCCCAACCCCUGUCCUCAUCUGGAACAAGAUAAUUCGAGGACAGUAUGGUGUCCAGAGGAUGGAGCUUCUGCCUGGGGACCGGGAGAACUUGGCUAUCCAGACCCGGGGGGGCCCUGAGAAACACGAAGUGACUGGCUGGGUGCUGAUAUCUCCUCUGAGCAAAGAGGAUGCUGGGGAAUACGAGUGCCAUGCAUCAAAUGCCAAAGGAGAGGCAACAGCUUCUGCGAAAAUCCACGUUGUGGAAACUCUGCAUGAAAUAGCCCUGACCAAAGAUGAUGGUGCAGAGCUGUGAUGUGAGGACUUUCACUUACGCACAGUUUUAAAUUAGUAUUUUGGAAAGCUGCAAGCUCUGGCUUUUUCUAGCUGACUAAUCAGUCCCUCUUAACUCCCUUUUUCUUUGAGUCCCGAUUUGCUUGCACACUUCUUUCACAGAUACACAAAUAGAUUCACAAGCUUGAUUACAAAUUUUAAUUCUAUUUACAGGAAAUAAACAUACUUUUGAACAGCACACA